CAAAACUUGGUCCUCUACCCGUAUCAUCGCCAUCACUUCCUGAAGAUUCAACAGGAUGUGGAUCUGGAUUGCCUGAACCAAUAUCCAUCGCAAGUGACCAGAUAACACAGUCUGACAGCCAUGCAGAUUCUCCGCUCCAUCCAAACAUGCAGUGUGGUCAGAGAAAUCCUGAAACAUGUGACAAUUUCAUGUGUACUGAUGAAGUUUGGGCAGCGUGUCCAGAGUGCUUGUGUUUCUUAUGCUUCCUUCAUUUUAACUUACGUGAUGAUUGCCUUUGUCAUAAUCUUGCAUUCAAUCUCAGUGAAAUUCCACUUGACAUCAGUUCAAGUGCAUCACAGUACCAAGGGCUCACCAACGAAGAAGAAAGGAACAAUGAAGACGAGGUUAUGCCGUUAAUGGAAUCAAGAAGAGGAAACUUUGAAAACCAAGCCUCAUUGGAUACAAGAGUUGAAGAGAACGGAGAUCAGGUACUGAUGGCGACUCUGGAAUCAAAACAAUCCGAUGCGACCGACUCAUUAGAUAUUCCAGAGCAUCUUGAAGAAGCUAGCCUUCCCAGGAAUCAGCUGAUAAUAGUCAACUGUCUCCUGAAUCAUUUCAAGUAG